UCAGUUUGACGUUUGAUGUGACGGAUGACGGCUGGUCGGAUUUGAUUUUUGAUUUCGGUUCUGCAGUGGUCGUCGUCCUCUUUCUCGAUUUAUCAUUGAUAUCGCUUGUUAUUUUUUGUAAGCCGACUAUUGUGAAUGGUGGACGGCUUUUUUAAUUGCUAAUAUUAAAUUAAAUUGUUCACUGAAUAUCUUAGCAGUGUAAAAUAGAAACUGUAGUGAAAAGUAAUUGGAGGAUACGCAAUACGGCAUAUCGCGAUAGUUUAAUUGCAUUGUUAUGGUGAAAGAUGUACAAGAAAUUUGGUCUCUGUCGAUCUAGCGCAAUGUUUAGAUUAACUUGUUUGUGAAAUGUGAUCUAGUGAACGGGGAAUCGAGUGUUUUAAAGUUCAGUGUGGUGGUCGCUUGCAGUCAUGGCUAGUGACGAGUCCAGUGUACGCGUCGCAGUCAGAAUUCGACCACAGACACCAGCAGAGGUGGUAGAGGGAUGCGGCGUCUGUGCACGAGCUGGCGGUGCCGCGGGCGAGGGCGGCGUGGCGCUGGGCACCGAACGCGCGUUCUCCUUCGACUAUGCCUUCGAUCCUCACAUCACGCAGCAGGAUGUGUACGACACUUGCGUGAGGAAGCUGGUGGAAGCUGCACUCGACGGCUACAACGCUACUGUACUCGCGUAUGGUCAGGUCAGUGAAAUUGGUAACUUUUUAUAAUCGUUAUUUUCCAAAUCCUCUGAUUGAUGGCUUAUUGUACGAUAGCGUUACGUGUCCUUUGACACAAUUCAAAAAAAAAUCAAAAGUUUAUUCCUGGGAUUCGAUUUUAAGAUUCUUAAUGCUUAAUGGUUCAUUCUAGACUACAGUCAAGCAUUGUGUUCCUAAGCUGAUACUGCUCUCAUACGUGUAUGUAGGAUGGGAGCCCUUUUCGUUCAGUUUCUUUGAUAGCGUACUCUGUGAAUAUUCCUUUAUAUAUAAAUAUUUUUGAUUAUUCGUUUGUAUUGUAGGGAUCCGUACAAAUUUUUAUUGUUUAUGAGUGGCGUUUAAAUAAGACUUUAUCAUAAAUUGGUAAUUGUUUCAUAAACGUAAAUUAUGAAUGAAUACAUUUUUAAUACUCGUAAUUUAAUUGUAGCAAAACCAUUUAUUUUCAUUAAAAAACUAAACUAUUAUACUAAUUUUGAUUUUGUACAACUUCUAUGAAACUAAUGCAAAAGUAUAUCCUAACAGAUAAAAAAAGAAGUUUACAAAUUGGUUUACUACUGACGGAAUUAUGAAAUAAUAAACAUUAAAAAAACCGAAUUGAGAAUCUCCUUCUUUUUGAAGUCGGUUGAAAAUGUAAAUAAACAUAUACCAACAUACUAUUUGUUGCUAGAUAUACGUGUAUGUGUGUAUAUAUAUUAUAUCACUACGUAACU